GCCAGCCUUCUCGGUGAUGGAGCAGUGAGGACGCCGUCACUGGACUGUUCCCUGUAGAACAUUUCCAAUUUUCUAUCACCUCCAACCGUUGUUUCUUUUUAACUUUUUUUGCCCUAUCUGUUUGCUGCCAUGCUGCGGGUCAUAAUAGAGUCAGCCAAGGGUCUCCCUAAAAAGAAACUCGGCAGUCCUGACCCAAUUGCUUCUGUGAUUUUCAAAGAUGAGAAGAAGAAAACCAAAUGGAUCGAUAAUGAGGUGAACCCUGUGUGGAAUGAGGUGCUUGAGUUCGACCUGAAAGGCAUUCCGCUGGACUCCGGCUCACAGUUAGACGUGGUUGUGAAAGACUAUGAGACAAUUGGGAAAGAUAAAUUUAUUGGGUCUGCUAAAGUUUCUUUAAGAGACCUUUCCUCUGGAAAGGUGAGAUCUCUGCCAUCCAAGAAUGUUCCGCUGGUCAAUGAAAAUGGACAGGGGAUUGGAGCAACAAUAGAUAUGGUGGUGGCCUAUGACCCUCCAGCCAAUGCUGCACCCAACCCCAACAAUCCUCCAGAUGAAAACGCUACAGUGGAUGCUGGAGGAGGUGGUGGAGGAGGUGGGGAUGAGGAGGGGAGUGAGACUGUUCCAGACGCGGGCCCAAGUGGCUCAGCAGGAGUCCCUUCAUCCUCUGGCCAGGCUGUUGGUGUUCGCCAGAGGCUGACCCGGGCACAGAGUCGCCAUAGACUCGUGAAUAAACCUCAGGACUUCCAGAUCCGUGUUCGGGUCAUCGAAGCCCGUCAGUUGUCUGGAAACAACAUCAAACCUGUGGUGAAGGUUCAUGUGUGUGGACAGACCCACAGGACGAGGAUAAAGAAGGGAAAUAACCCGUUCUUUGAUGAGAUGUUCUUCUACAACGUUCAUAUGCUGCCAUCGGAUUUGUUUGAACAGAACAUCAGUUUCCGGGUCUAUAAUUCAUAUUCACUGAGGGCCGACAGUCUCAUGGGAGCGUUCAUGCUGGAUGUUGGUUAUGUUUAUGAUGAACCAGACCAUUGCGUGAUGAGGAAGUGGCUCCUGUUGAAUGACCCAGAUGACUCCAGCUCUGGUGCUAAAGGCUACCUGAAAGUCAGCCUCUUUGUUGUCGGCGCAGGAGACGAGCCUCCGGUGGAGAAGAGGGAUUCUAAUGAUGACCAGGAUGAUAUAGAGAGCAACCUGCUGCUGCCUGCAGGUGUAACUCUGCGAUGGGUCACCCUGUCAUUAAAGGUGUUCAGGGCUGAGGACAUUCCCCAGAUGGAUGAUGCAUUUAUCCAGACACUGAAAGGGAUCUUUGGAGGAGAGAAAAACAAGAAGAACCUGGUGGAUCCUUUUCUAGAGGCUCGCUUUGCUGGCAAAAAGUUGUGCACUCAGAUCAUUGAGAAGAAUGCAAAUCCGGAGUGGAACCAAGUUUUGAACCUUCAAGUCAAGUUCCCAUCCAUGUGCGAGCGUGUGAAGCUGACGGUAUAUGACUGGGAUCGUAUGACAGGAAAUGAUGCUGUUGGAACCACAUACCUGAACUUGACCCAGAUUGCCUCCUCUGGUGGUGAAAUAGAAGAGGAACAUGCAGAAAAUCGGGAAAUGCCGUCAUUUAAAGCUGAGUCUGGAGAAUCAGAGGUGGGUUUCCUGCCUGUGUUUGGGCCCUGCUACAUCAACCUGUACGGCAGUCCGAGAGAGUUCACAGGCCUCCCAGACCCCUACAAGGCUCUAAAUCUUGGCGAGGGAGAAGGAGUGGCCUACAGGGGCAGGAUACUGGUGGAGCUCUCCACUAAGCUGGAAGGGAAAGCUGAUAAAACGAUUGACAGUAUCCACAGUGAUGACAUCCUUGUGGUCCAGAAGUACCAAAGGAGAAGGAAAUACUGUCUGUGUGCAGUCUUCCACAGCGCCUCCAUGAUUCAGGAACCUGGUGAACCGGUCCUAUUUGAGGUCAGCAUUGGUAACUAUGGCAACAAACUUGACACCACCUGCAAACCCCUAGCCUCCACCACUCGGUACAGCAGUGCUGUGUUUGAUGGUAACCAAUACUACUACCUGCCCUGGGCAAACACUAAACCAGUGGUUGUGCUCACGUCCUUCUGGGAGGACAUCAGUCACCGCCUCGAUACUGUCAACAUCAUCCUCUACAUUACACGCCGCCUGCAAAUCAACCUGGAUGCAUUUAAAACCGCCAUACUGGCUAAAGUCUCCGACAACCAACUCACAGAGGUGUGGAUGAAGUUACUCGAUCAGUUGAUUGAAGACCUUGACAGUUUCCCCACUCCUGAGCUGGAGGGCCGCUCCAACCUGACAUCUCUAGACAUCCAAAUCAAGAAACUGCGAGACGGCGCUCUAGCCUCCGUCAAGGAUGCUGCAAGACGCAUGAGAGAGGAGGCCAGAGAAAUCCCAGACACUCUGCCGGACAUAGAAGCCUGGGUGGACAAACUUAAUCAGGUGGCCGAGGAGCCUCAGAACAGCAUGCCUGACGUGGUCAUCUGGAUGCUGCGGGGUGAGAAGAGGGUGGCCUACAGUCGUAUUCCGGCUCACCAGAUCCUUUAUUCCUCUUACAGCGACCAGGCCUGCGGGCAGCACUGUGGCAAGACUCGGACCAUCUUUCUAAAGUACCCCAUGGAUAAGACCAAAGGCUUGAAGGUGCCAGUCCAGAUAAGGGUCAACAUGUGGUUUGGCCUCUCUGCACAUGAGAAAAUGUUCAACGCAUUCUCAGAAGGAACAUUCACUGUGUUUGCUGAACUGUAUGAAAACCAGGCUAAAGUCUUUGGGAACUGGGGGACCACAGGGCUGGUGGGCCGCUAUAAAUUCUCAGAUGUGACGGGAAAACUGAAGCUGAAGAAAGAGUACUUCAUUCCACCCAGAGGAUGGGAGUGGGAGUCUGACUGGUUCAUUGAUCCAGAAAAGGCCCUGCUAACUGAGGCAGACGCCGGACACACGGAAUUUAUGGAUGAAGUUUUCCAGAAUGAGACCCGUUUUCCUGGUGGAGAGUGGAAAGCCGCCUCGGAACCAUUCACAGAUGUGAAUGGAGAGAAAAGCCGUAACCCUACAGAGUUCGACUGUCCUGCAGGCUGGACAUGGGAAGACACUUGGACUGUGGACAUCAACAGAGCUGUGGACGACCAAGGCUGGGAGUAUGGGUUGACCAUUCCUCCAGAUGAGAAACCUCGAUCCUGGGUCCCUGCUGAGAAGAUGUACCACAUCCACCGCAGGAGAAGGCUGGUUCGGCCUCGAAAGAGAGAUGCACGUCCCGCAGGAGCAGCAGUGGAGAGAAGAGAUCAAGGUGACCCAGAGGGAUGGGAAUUCUCGUCUCUGAUUGGCUGGAAAUUCCAUCGAAAUGAGCGCUCCUCAGACUCAUUUCGUCAAAGGCGCUGGAGGCGAAAGAUGGCACCCGAAGAUCGCCUUGGAGCUUGUGCCAUCUUUCAACUGGAGGGUGCAUUAGGUAUUGACACAGAGGAGAAAGAAAAAGGCUCCAAAGGAGAUGCCACCAAGCUGUUUGGUGCCAACACGCCCACUGUGUCCUGCUCCUUUGACAGGUCAUAUACGUACCACCUCCGCGUCUAUCUCUAUCAGGCAAGAAACCUGACGUCUAUGGAUAAAGAUAGUUUCUCUGAUCCAUAUGUGCACGUUUCCUUCCUUUAUGUUAGCAAGACAACUGAGAAGCUCAGAGCAACGCUGAACCCAACCUGGGACCAAACUCUGAUUUUCAAUGAUGUGGAGAUUCAUGGAGACCCCAAAAACGUCGGUGACAAUCCUCCUGAUGUAGUGCUGGAGUUCUACGACAGUGACCAAGUGGGGAAGGAUGAGCUGCUCGGCCGCAGUGUUUGCACCCCGUUGGUGAAGCUGAACUCCAGCAUGGAUCAGACGCCCAAACUGCUGUGGCGUCCCGUCAUCCGGAAGGGGAAGAAGUCUGGGGAAACACUCGUAGCAGCUGAACUAAUUCUUAAAGACAAGUCAGGUAAAUGGGAUCUUCCCCUGGUUCCCCCAAAAAGAGCAGAAAACCUCUAUAUGGUUCCUCAGGGUAUCCGACCCGUGGUGCAGCUCACAGCUGUGGAGAUUCUUGCAUGGGGUCUGAGGAACAUGAAGACAUACCAGCUCGCUGCAGUAUCUUCCCCCAGUCUGGUGGUGGAGUGUGGGGGCCAAAGGGUGGAGUCUGCUGUGAUCAAGAACAUGAAAAAGAGUCCCAACUUCCCCAACUCUGUCCUCUUCAUCAAAGUGCUCCUUCCUAAGGAUGAGAUGUACAUUCCUCCCAUCGUUGUAAAGGUGAUCGACCAUCGUCCGUUUGGCAGGAAGCCUGUGGUCGGUCAGUGCACCAUCACGUCUCUGGAGGAGUUCAGAUGUGACCCGUAUGUUGUCGUUUCAGAGGGCGCUAGGGCCUCCAAGAUGGCUCUGAUGAGCGCACCCCGUAAAGAUGUUUCCAUCACCGUGGAAGAGGCCCGACCAUUGUUGGAGGCUCGGUUUUUGUACAGUAUGUCUGCUGCUUUCAACAAACUGGCCACCCCAACUUCCCAAUUUCAUGCAGAAAAGGAAAAGGAAACGGUUGAUUGGUGGAGUAAAUUCUACGCUUCAGUUGGAGACCAGGAGAAAUGUGGCCCUUACAUAAGAAAAGGCUACGAUACACUUAAAGUGUAUGACUGUGAGUUGGAAAACGUCCAAGAGUUCAAAGGGUUGACUGACUUCUGCAACACGUUCAAACUCCAUCAAGGCAAGAAUGAAAAUGGGGACGAAGACCCCAGUGUGGUUGGCGAGUUCAAGGGUGCGUUCAAGGUGUACCCCCUGCCGGAUGACCCAAGUGUUGCUGCCCCGCCCCGACAGUUCAGAGAGCUGCCGGAAAGCGGACCUCAGGAGUGUCUGGUCAGGAUUUAUGUGAUUCGGGCGAUUGACCUGCAGCCUAAAGACAACAAUGGCAGGUGCGAUCCGUACAUAAAAAUAUCAGUGGGAAGAAAUACAGUCGAUGACAGAGAUCAUUACUUGCCCAACACCAUAAACCCUGUGUUUGGAAGGAUGUUUGAGAUGACGUGUUUCCUGCCUCAAGACAAAGACCUGAAAAUCUCAGUUUAUGACUAUGAUCUCCUGACUCGUGAUGAGAAGGUCGGUGAGACUGUGAUUGACCUGGAGAACCGCUUACUGUCUCGUUAUAACUCCUAUUGUGGCCUUCCUCAGAGCUACUGCAUCUCUGGCAUCAACCAGUGGCGGGACCAGCUGAAACCGUCUCAGAUCCUGGAGCACCUGGCUCGUCUGAAGGGGCUGUCCAGACCCAGGACAGAAGACAACGGGACGUCGCUUACUUUCAACGGAAAAGAUUACACAUUGGCUCAGUUUGAGAGCAACACAGAAAUUCACCAGCACUUGGGCCCACCCUGGGAACGUCUCUGUCUGCAUGUCCUUAGAACACAUGGGCUUGUUCCUGAACAUGUGGAGACCAGGACACUUUACAGCUCCUUCCAGCCCAAUCUCUCUCAGGGAAGGCUGCAGAUGUGGGUGGAUGUGUUCCCAAAAAGCAUCGGACUCCCCGGUCCUCCUUUUGACGUUACACCCCGCAAACCUAAAAAGUAUUUCCUGCGGGCUGUCAUCUGGAACACCACAGAUGUAACUCUGGAUGAAACCAGCAUCACAGGAGAGAACAUGAGUGAUAUCUAUGUGAAAGGCUGGAUGCCAGGCAUGGAGGAGGACAAACAGAAGACUGACGUCCACUACAGGUCUCUGGAUGGAGACGGCAACUUUAACUGGCGGUUUGUCUAUGGCUUUGACUAUCUGCCAGCUGAACAGCUCUGCCUUGUGUCCAAGAAGGAACACUUUUGGAGUCUUGACAAUACAGAGUUCAGGAUUCCCCCCAAGCUGAUUGUUCAGAUAUGGGAUAACGACAAAUUCUCAUUGGAUGAUUACUUGGGUGUGCUGGAGCUGGAUUUACGCAAGCUGGUCCCUCCGGCCAAGACCCCAGAGAAAUGCUCCCUGGACAUGAUGGAUAAUCUGGAAACCGGACCACCAGACAAACUGAAGAUGGUCAAGUCGCUCUUUGCUCAGCAGUCUGUCAGAGGCUGGUGGCCUUGCUCCAUGGAACAAGAUGGCAAGAAGGUCCUGGGUGGCAAGGUGGAGAUGAUGCUGGAGAUUGUGAGUGAAGCAGAAGCAGACGAGAGACCUGCAGGAAAAGGACGAGAUGAACCCAACAUGAACCCAAAGCUGGACCUUCCCAACCGUCCAGAAACAUCUUUCUUCUGGUUCACUAACCCAUGCAAGACCAUGAAGUUCAUUGUGUGGAGAAGGUUUAAAUGGGUGUUCAUUGGACUCAUCUUCCUCAUCAUCAUAGUGCUCUUCAUCGCCAUCCUGUUGUACUCUUUACCAAACUACAUCUCAAUGAAGAUCGUGAAGCCGCUUCAGUAACUCUACAGCAGAAUGUUGUUGCAACACAAGGAUUACACCGACUGCACACACUCAGGCGAACUGAAAAUGUUUUGCUUGUCUUUUACAGCUGAUAGUGUUUUAUUAUUGGGAAGGGGUGCUUGCAUAUUUGCACUGGUAACAUAACUAAAUAUACAUUUUGUCUGGACAACUUUGAUGUGACAAACGUGGGACUUUAAUGUUUCACACUUUGGUCUUAAAAACCACAGACUGGUGAUGAACUGUUUUAAUGCGUCACACACAGGUUCUGGUUCUGUGUUUGAGAGGCUGGUCUUGUACUGGAUCAGACCUUCCUGUCAGCUUGUCUCUGUGGGUAGUUUUCUGUACACGGUCACUGUUGGAAUCUAUUUAAGGUGAUAUGAGAUAUAAUUGUUCGUCUGUCACAAGGUGGGUUUUUGAUUAUUAUCAUCGAUUAUAUUGUGCCAACCCAUUUAUUCAGUCUGUCCUGUUUGUUUUUAUAAAGAAUAUUACAAAUGUUUAACAUGAAACUGAUUAUAGCUAACAGAAGAGGAUCUGUUGUGGUCCCUGUAGCACAUCACUUUCAAAAGAAUGUAAAACAGUAAUGGAGGAAAAACAAUAAAGAUCCUGCAAGUUUUAAA